AUGCAGAGGGCUCGCAGAUCCGCAGCCGCUGGAGUUAUCGACAGAAAGAUUUACGUGAUCGGAGAUUGCGAGCAGAUAGAUGAUAAUUGGAUCGAGGUGUUCGAUGUAGAUACUCGGAUUUGGAGUAGUGUUGUUGGUCCAUACGAUCACAAUUCUAGUAUGGAAGGAGGAGCGUUUCAGUCAUAUGUGGUGAUGCAAGAGAAGAUUUACAUUUUGGAUCAUCUGUGUUGUUUGGCUUACGAACCAAGACAAGGUACAUGGCAGUCAUGGGGACUCGAAAGUCCAUUAUUGAGAUACUGGCACCGGUCGUCGUCUUGUGUGGUUGAGGAUUUGUUGUGUAGUAUUGAUCCUUCUCGUUUCUCCAGUGAUCUAAAAGUAAUGGAGAUAAACCAAAAGAAGGAGGAGCCUCGUCCUCAAUCUCAUGUCCUAUGCUCAACACAAUCUCAUGGCGAUACAGCCAAUCCUUACAAGCCGCAUGGAUUUAAAGAUGUUUGGUGCAUAGAGAUCGUCUUAAAAAGACUUGAAGGAGUUGAAGGUGAAGGAUCUUUUAUUACAUCUACUGUUUUUAGCUACCAGCUUGUUGAUAUGAGAGCAAAUAUGAAGCAAAAAUUGGUUCAGCAGCUGUUAUCUUUGUGUAGAGUGUGA